AACCAAAUUAGGUCCAGAGUUAAUAAAAUAGACUGACAACCAGUUGGCAAAGAUUCAAGGUCUGAAAAAAGCACUGGGCGCCAUCUACAGGUGGCUUUUAAUAUCUGCUUUAUCAAAAUUCCCUGUCCCAGGGCUGCUGAAAUGCUCAAGAUCUGACAAUCUGCCAAGUACCAGGAGGGUUUCUUCUUUGUUUUCCCCACAGAUUUAUUAAAUGUUUUAGAAAAGCACAACUAAACUGUUCAAAUAAAAUGUUAACAAUUUUAAUCCAAAACUGAUAAUAAAAUGGAAAGUUAGUUCAAAGUAUUACGUUGUAUUUUUGUGUCACUCUCCAACUCUCUGUUCUUCACCCCACCCCCACCCCUCCUGAAGCUUCAGUUAGUUGUCUCUCUUUGUGCCCCAGAACAGAUGAAGGGCAUCUGAUGUACAGUGCUGAGGGGGAGGCAUAAGGGAGUCAGAGGUACUUUGACUGGCUGCCUCUCUGUGACUUUCUGCAACGUGAAAUUUACAGAUUUAAGAUUCCUCCCCUUUCUAUUGGCAACCUCAGAGCUCAGUAAUGAAGAAAGACCUGUUUCUCUUCUGCUUUUUGGUCUCUGCACUGGCUGCAUAUGUACAAAGUAAGCCUCGUGAAAAACAUCAGCAUGUCAAACACAGCCCAACUCCACAAGAGGAGUCAGUGAAGCUUCAUGACAGUAAGGAUGGAGUUCUGCCCACAUUUCUACCUUUUGAGUCCAGCUCUCAGGAUGAGGACAUGAGUGAAGAGAAGGAAAGCCAUGUGGUGAUGAAGCAAGCGGGAGCAGAAGAGCUUGAAGGUUCAGAGGGAGGUGAUAAGAAUACACCUUUGCUCCUGAGUGAGGAGGCACUGACUCAGCUUCUGCAGGUCUCUGAGGAGGCAGAGGAAACUGUGGAGGAGGAUGAAGAUGAUAAUGACGGUCCAGAAAAAGACAAAGAAGUUAAGGAGAUGGAGGAGGAGGGGAAGGAAAAUGGAGAAUCUACAAUGGAGAAUGAAGAUGAAAUUGAGAAGAGCGAAGGUGAGGAUGCAAAGGAGACUGACAGCAGUACUGAUUCAGAGAUACCAAUGGAUUUGGACUAUGCAGCUGACCGUGAUGCUUCACAGCCACUAUACAUCAAGCUAGAGGAGGCCAAAGCUUCAACCAUCAACACUAUGGAAAAAGACAUGGCGGAAACAAUUAAAGAUGUGAUACCUACAGCCACAAUGGACUAUGAUUCCCAGCAAUCCAGCAACGAUUCAGAGGACAUUGCAGAGGAGCAGGAAGUGCCAGCAGAGCAAACCCAAGAUGAGCUGAAAGAGCCUUUUCAAGACACUGACAAUGAAAAAAAGAAGAGUGAUCAACAGGAUGAGAAGAAUAGCAUUGAACCUGAAACUACUAUUCUUUCUAGUGGCAAGAAAGCAAAGGAGAAGAAGAAGCAAAAGAAUGAAAGUAAUAGACAUGGAAAGACCAAAGCCAAGAAGCAGCGAAACAACCAGCAGCUGGAGAAGAUGCAAAGUGACCAAGCAGGUGCAAUGGAAGCCAAUGAGGAACAUGCUCAGAGGAAAGACCCUGAAAAAGUGGUGGAGCCCACUGAAAACACAGAGUCUAAACCCAGAAAGAAGAAUGGAAAAUGGACUCGUUUGGUGGGGAUGAAUCCAGUACAGAUCAGGGCCACUAUGGAGCUUUACCCUGACAUUCGACCCACCCAUCGGCCCAGCGGACAGGGGGUGCCAGCUGACCCCUGUGAGAACUUUCGCUGUAAAAGAGGGAAGACAUGCAAAAUAAAUGAUGAGAACAAACCCGUCUGUGUGUGUCAGGAGCCGUCAGAAUGUCCUCCCAGUGUAAACGAUUUUGACCAUGUAUGUGGAACUGACAAUAAGACAUAUGACACAUCCUGUCAACUCUUUGCCACCAAGUGUGGCCUUGAUGGGACCAAAAUAGGCCACAGACUUCACCUGGACUACACUGGAUCCUGUAAAUUUAUUGCUCCAUGUCUAGAGUCAGAGCUGGUGCAGUUCCCUCUGCGCAUGCGGGACUGGCUGAAGAACGUGCUUCUGCAGUUAUAUGAGCAUGACUCCAUGUCUCCUGGCUUUCUCACAGCUAAACAAAGAAUCAGGGUUCAGAAGAUUUAUGAGAGUGAGAGGCGUCUUCAUGCAGGCGAUCACACCGUCGAGCUUCUACUGCGGGACUUUGAGAAGAACUACAACAUGUACAUCUAUCCAGUGCACUGGCAGUUUGCACAAAUGGACCAACAUCCUUCAGACAGGUUUCUUUCUCACUCUGAGCUGGCUCCACUACGUGUUCCCCUGGUUCCCAUGGAGCAUUGCACCUCAGUCUUUUUCCAAAAGUGUGAUGCUGACAAGGACAAACUAGUCUCCUUCAAAGAGUGGUGCAGCUGCUUUGGCAUUAAGGAAGAGGAUAUGGAUUCCAAUCUGCUGUUCUGAGCACGAGCGAGUGCCUAAACAGGAGCAAAUGAAGGUUGUGUCUCCUUUGAAGAACUGUGGCAGAGAUAAUUCUGCUGGAGGUCUGUUCAGUGAAAUAGUACUGUUUUUUCUUUUAUGUCUAAUGAUCAUGAUGGACAAGAAUGUCUAAAAACCUUUUCUUUUUGAUGCAUUAUAUGUGUAGCUUAUUGGUUAUUAAAAAUGAAAGGAACUAUAGUUAAUAAUUUAGUUCAGAAAAUGAAUUUAAAAAGUGUAGUUUUAGUUUGAGUGUUUUUGUAUGCAUUCCAGUGAGGGAAAAGUUUACAUAGUGAAUAAAAGAACAAAAUAAAAGAGAUUUUAUAAAAAUGUUGCAAAAUUAUUUCAGAUAAUGAGGAAAAAUGCCACUCUUAUAUGUGCUUGUUGUUGAAUAAUUAGCCUACAUAUUUAUUCCAAAUUAUAUUAAUGUCUUGAAUGAAUCAGGAAUUAAUGUUUUUUUUGUUUGUUUGUUUUUUAAAUCCACCAAGCAUUUUUAUGACCAUGUAAAAUAAAUCUUAAACAUGACUUCCUUAAAACUCGAUAACUGAUAAUAUCAUCAAGUUCCAGUUCAAUUUGCAUAGCAAGUUUUAUGUCCUCUGUCAUAAGCCUUGGAAGCUUUGUUACACACACUUACAACAUGUUACUGUGUUUGGAAAAGUAAUGUGUGGGUUAUGACCACUGUAAUAAAAAAUAAUAAUAAAAAAAACCCUUAGGAAGUCAUUAAAUUACUGCUGU